AAACCAGGGGACGAAGAGGAGAGCCUCACUCCGCCCUCCUACUCGCAGAGGCGGAAAAAAAAAGGGAAAAAAAUUGAAGCGCUUCUCCUCUCUCUUUCUCUCGGUCUUUAAAUAAACAUAAAGGCCGAAGAAAGAGGGUGAGGAUUUCGAACUCCGAAGGCGUCUCCUUGCUCGCCAGCUUUCUCUCGUCUCUGUCCUCUCUCGCCCUCUAUGUCUUCCGCUGGAAGAGAAGGAGAGACCGGUAGAGUUUAACUGGAUCGAGGUUCCGUGAACAGUUGCAUUUGAGAGUGGUGCAUCUUAUUCUUUAAGUCCUAGUUAGCCAAGAUGAAGGAAAAUUCCAUAACUGCUGGUUAUGGAGUGCCUAAUGUUCGAAUCACACGUUCUCGAGCCGUUGCAAUCCGUGAAAAUGGGGGCGUGCUCCCAUUGAUACCAUCACUUGCAAAGCGAGAGGAGAUGCAAACACAAGGAAAAUACAAGAGGGCAGCUACAGAUGAGAACAGUCAAACUGCUUCUCUUACUGCAGGUUUUCAGCACAAAAAGAGAGCAGUACUUAAGGAUGUCAGCAAUAUAUGUACUGAUAAUUCAUCUAGGCACUGCAUUCCUGGAGCAAACGUGCAGUGUAAGACCUCCCAGCAGGUUAAAGUGGGCUGUUCUAAAGCCAAGCGAUGGUCUGACCAGAAGAAUUAUAAGUUAGCCCCAGCCAUUUCUGUUGAAACUGCGGUACUUCAUGAUAUCACGAAAAAUAAAGUGGCUGAAGAAAUUCCAGAGGUAGGAAUAUUGGAAUCAAAAAAAGCAACUGUUCCAGCAAAAGUGGAUGAACACCAUUUAGCCCUACAAAAUAGGGAGAGUGUCAGGGAUGGGGAGAGCACCUGUGAUACAACUUUCUUGGAGGAACAUAACUUCAGAGAAGGAACUGAAAUCAUCAAUCAUUCAAAUACUGGAGGCUUCACUGGGAAAGGUAUUGUAGAUAUUGAUGCUGACCAUGGAAUUCCUCAGAUGUGUAGCAUUUAUGCUGAGGACAUAUAUACGAAUUUACGUUCUGCAGAGCUUAUUCGAAGACCUUGCUUCAAUUUCAUGGAAACAAUGCAGCGAGAUACCACACAAAGCAUGCGGGGCAUUCUAAUUGAUUGGCUUGUGGAGGUUUCUGAGGAAUAUAGACUUGUUCCAGAUACACUUUACCUUACAGUUUAUAUUAUUGACUAUUUUCUUUCUCACAACUAUAUUGAACGACAAAGGCUGCAACUACUUGGCAUUACAUGCAUGCUGAUUGCUUCGAAAUAUGAAGAGAUUUGUGCUCCUCGUGUUGAAGAACUCUGUUUUAUUACAGACAACACGUACACUAAGGCAGAGGUGCUCAAAAUGGAGAGUCAAGUAUUGAACUAUUUAGGCUUUCAACUAUCUGUGCCCACCAUAAAAACAUUUCUCAGGAGAUUCCUUCGAGCAGCACAAGCAACAUAUAAGGUUCCAAGUCUGGCAUUGGGAUACUUGGCUAAUUAUCUGGCAGAGCUGACACUGAUUGAAUAUAGCUUCCUGAAAUAUUUUCCUUCAGCCAUAGCUGCAUCUGCAGUGUUUCUUGCUAGAUGGACGCUGGAUCAGUCUGACCAUCCAUGGAAUCCUACUCUGGAACAUUACACCUUGUAUAAGGCUUCAGAUCUUAAAGCAACAGUUCUUGCAUUGCAAAAGUUACAGAUGAACUCCAAAAACUGCCCCCUGAAUGCUAUUCAUGAGAAGUAUAGUCUGCAGAAGUUCGAAGGUGUAGCUGCUCUGAUGUCCCCAACACUGCAGCAAUCAAUCUUUUGUUGAUAAUUUGUGAUCUAUGCCUCGAUCUUCAGUGGGCUGCCAUUGGAGAGUGAUCGCACUGAAGUUUCAUUCCUCUGUUUUCUGAUUCUUAGCAAAGACUGUGGAUCUGCUUGUUAUCUAUUUGUCUCUCUUUUCAUCUUUGUUUAUGGUGGUGGGUGGUGCCUACUUUUUCAUUUUAAAUAUCCCGGCUCUGGUAUUUCCAAGCCAGCCCGUGUAACGUAAAGUUUAUAAGAGGGAUGGGAGUGGCUGAAAUAUGCCAAAAAAAAUGUUUACUUCAUUUCAUGAUUUUAUUUUCUCAUGUAAAAAAAACAGCUUGUGCAUGGAUUCAUGCUUGUUUGUCUGUCUGUAAGAGGAAAUUGUAACUUUCUGAAAGAUGAAUUUAAACAGUUU